AUGACAUCUCCAUCAAUCCAAAAAGACAUUUGUAAUUGUUUUGCACAAGAAGUAUUAAAGAAGAUAUUUGAAGAGCUUGGUGAUGAUAUCUUUUCCAUAUUAGUUGAUGAAUCGAGAGACAUAUCUAAAAAAGAACAAAUGGCUGUGGUCUUAAGAUAUGUUGAUAAAUUAGGAUUUGUGAAGGAGCGAUUUAUAGGUCUUGUUCAUGUCACGGAAACAACCGCAUUAUCUCUUAAAUCUUCAAUCGAUGAAUUAUUUGCUCGCUAUAGUUUGAGUUUAGGUAGCAUUAGAGGCCAAGGAUAUGAUGGUGCAAGCAACAUGUCUGGUGAGUUUAAUGGUUUAAAGGCUUUACUUUUGCAAGAAAAGUCUUCAGCAUAUUUUGUUCACUAUUUUGCUCAUCAACUUCAACUUGUUGUUGUGGCUCUUGCAAUCAAACAUCUUGAAAUUUGUAAGUCUCUUAAAGAAGUGUCAGAUUUAACAAAUGUUGUUGGUGCAUCUUGCAAACGAAUAGAUUUGAUAAGAGAAAGUCAAAGAGAGAGACUGAAAUUGAAUCCAGAAGUUGAAACCGAACGAGGAAAGAAUCAAGAACUAUCAUUUGCAAGAGCAGGAGAUACACGUUGGAGUUCUCAUGAAAAAAAAAACACUUCUUCAAAGGAUCAAGAUAUAUUGAAUGCGGUUGGGAUGGUUAAAUCAAUUAAAGAAGAAUUACAAAGGUAUAGGCUUGAAGGUUUUGACUCACUUUUGAAAGAUGUCACUUCCUUUUGUGGCAAGUAUGAGAUUGAAAUGGUGAACAUUGAAGACGGGUAUGUUGACCCGAAACAUCAGAGAAGGAAAACUAACAUCACCAAUCGUCAUCACUAUGAGGUUAAUAAUUUCAACACGAUUCUCGAUAUGUAA